UGUUGGUACGCCACCACUAUAUAUACCGCAGGAUCCGUCACUUUGGCAUCAUCUUCAGCGACGACAGCCGAAGCCGAUACACCCACACCACAACCAUGUUCAAGUACUUGAUCCUCGCUCUGUGCGUGCUGGCUGUCGCCUUCGCCGCUGAGGAGUCCGCCCCCAAGGAGAAGCGCGGCCUGGCCUACGCCACCGGCCUCGGCUACUCCGCCCCCGUGGCCUACUCCGGACUGUACAACGGCUACUCCGCCUACGGCGUGCCCGCCUACGCCUCCGGCUACUACGGCUACAGCGGCCUGGGAUACAACGGACUGGGUUACGCCGCUGCCCCCGCCCUGGGCUACGGAUACCACGGAUACUACUAGAUGGUCCAUCC